CCGGAGGAAGUUCUCUGUAGAGGGGCGGCCGGCCCGACCGACGCCCGCGCGUGGUGCCGGCCGCCAUGGCCUCCAAGCGGAUCGCCCAGGAGACGUUUGAUGCCGCCGUGCGUGAAAACAUCCAGGAAUUUGAGAUGGAGCCGGAGGAGGCUGUGAGGGAGGCGGUGGAGCAGUUCGAAUCCCAAGGGGUGGACCUGAGCAACAUUGUGAAGCUGGCGCCCAAGGUGUCAGCGGACGGUCUCCAGGAGCCCACCCAUGACGUGCUGAAGGCCCUGGACGACCUGCAGGAGUCGGUGACCCUCUCGCGGCCGCAGGAGGCGGCAGCCCACCUCGCCCGGUUCUGUGAGCACUGCAGGGUGCACAAGGGUAGCCGCUUCUUGGCAGCCCAGCACGGGGCGUACCCCGUCAUCCUGGCCGCCUGGAAGCUGGCUGCUGGCGACCCCGGCCUCACGCUUGCGGCCCUCAACGCCCUCUCGGCCCUGACCGACGGCCAGCCCGACCUGCUGGACCCCCAGGGCCUGCAGCUGCUGGUGGCCACGCUGGCCCGGCACGCUGACGCCGCCGACCUGACCUGCUCCGGGCUCCGCUGCGUGCGCCACGCCUGCCUGAAACACGAGCACAACCGGCAGGGCCUGGUGAAGGCCGGCGUGCUGCCCCUGCUCACCGGGGCCGUCGCCCGGCACGGCCGCCACGCCGACGUGGUCAGGGAGGCCUGCUGCGCCCUGCGCGUCAUGACCUUCGACGACGACAUCCGUGUGCCCUUCGGCCACGCCCAUGACCACGCCAAGAUGAUCGUGCGGGAGAACCGGGGCUUGAAGGUUCUCAUUGAGGCCGCGAAAGCGUUCCCUGACAACCCUGGCGUCCUGGGCGAGCUGUGCAGCACCCUGGCCCGCCUGGCCGUCCGGAACGAGUUCUGCCAGGAGAUUGUGGACCUCGGGGGCCUGGCCGUGCUGGUCACCCUGUUGGCCAACUGCAGCGAGCACCAGGACCUGGUCAAGCAGGUGCUGAGCGCCCUGCGAGCCAUUGCGGGCAAUGAUGACGUGAAGGACGCCAUUGUCCGUGCGGGCGGCACCGACUCCAUUGUGGCUGCCAUGAGCCGGCACCUGGCCAGCCCCCAGGUGUGUGAGCAGAGCUGCGCGGCCCUGUGCGUCCUGGCCCUGCGCAAGCCGGAGAACAGCCGGGUCAUUGUGGAGGGCGGCGGGGCCCUGGCGGCCCUGCAGGCCAUGAAGACGCACCCACAGGAGGUCGGUGUGCAGAAACAGGCCUGUAUGCUGAUCCGCAACCUGGUGGCCCGCAGCCAGGCCUUCUCCAAGCCCCUCCUGGAGCUGGGCGCCGAGGCCCUCAUCACGCAGGCCCGGGCGGCCCACCGCGACUGUGAAGACGUGGCCAAGGCCGCCCUGCGGGACCUGGGCUGCCGCGUGGAGCUGCGUGAGCUGUGGACCGGCCAGAAGGGGAACCUGGCGCAGUGACCGGCUGCACCCGCAGCCCCAGCCCCGACCCUGGCUCAGGGUGGGACCACAAGGGAUCCACUAACU